AUGGGCGACGAUAAGUUCGACUACCAAGCUCUCCCCAUCCCCUCCUACGAAGAAGCCACACAAUCAUCCUCCUCGCGAUCCAAUCUCGAUGAAGGUAGCGAAACCGAACGACAGGGUCUGCUAGAUCGCAAUACUUCCCAUUACCAACCACCCACCGUCGAAUCCGUCCGGAACAGCCUCGAUGAUCUCGCCUCCUCCGUCUCGGGCUCGGCUCGGGGAUCGCUGGACGAACUGCGGAGGGAAAUUGAUCAGAUGGAAGUCGAUGACUCCGCUCACGCUUCCUCAAGUUCUCGUACCCAACUCCGACAGCGGUUCUCGAAACGCCUCUCCAGUCUGACGCGAACCCUCUCCGCAAUUCAACGGCCCCUGCAACGAUACCUCCCGAGCCUCCCGCGAUUCACCCGCCCAACCAUCGAUCUGAGUAAUGCACGAGAACGCUUCCGCGACCAAGGCUGUAUCAUGGUCCUUCGAAUGUUUGCCCUGCUGCUUGUCGUCUCCUUGGUAUACGUCUUCUUCAUCGGUGACAUCUUCAAUCUGAAUAGCCGGAUGGUCAUGGGUCAGUCGUACAGCGCCUCCUCCGUCGAGAACUUCAUUCAGGGCCACAUCAACGAGACAAAUAUUAUCGAGAAUCUGAAGCGGGUCACGGGUUUUGCUCACAUCGCUGGUACCAAGGGUAGCUACGUCCUCUCGGAGUGGAUCGAGCAGGAGAUGCAUAGCGCGGGGUUCGAUGAUAUCCAGCGGGAGGAAUUCCAAGUUUAUCUCAACUACCCUCGUGAAGAUGGUCGCAAGCUGGCCAUCAUCGAUCCGCCUCAACUGGUCUGGGAAGCGACUCUCGAGGAAAACGACUCGGAAACCCCGGUAUUCCAUGGCCAUUCCAAGUCAGGAAACGUUACCGGUCCCUUAGUAUACGCCAACUUUGGCUCCCGCGAAGACUUCCAAUUACUCGCCGACCGAGGCAUCUCAUUAAACGGCUCUAUCGCUCUCGUUCGUUACUACGGAACUCAACCGGAUCGUGCACUGAAGAUCAAAUCGGCCGAGCUCGCUGGCGCGGCAGGCUGUAUCAUAUACUCCGAUCCGUCCCAGGAUGGGUUUGUCAACGGCCCAGCCUACCCGAAAGGUCGCUAUAUGCCCACAGAUGGCGUUCAAAGGGGCGGUGUCAGCCUAAUGUCUCAGGUUGUCGGUGACGUGCUAACCCCCGGUUACGCGUCCACCCCAGAAGAGAAGGACAGGAUGUCUCCGGCAGAUAGUCCUGCCUUGGUACAAAUUCCAAGUCUUCCCAUCUCCUGGCGCGAUGCACAAAGACUUCUUCAAUCUCUAGAAGGCCAUGGCUCUAAGGUCCCAGAGAAAUGGGUUGGCGGGGUCCCCAAGAUUCAAGGCUGGUGGACAGGGGACCAAGAUUCCCCGACCGUUCAUCUAAUGAAUCUACAGGAUGAAGAGGAGCGACAGCCAAUUUACAAUAUCCAUGGCAAAAUCCUUGGGCUGGAGGAGCAAGAUAAGAAGAUCAUCAUCGGAAACCACCGAGACUCGUGGUGCUUGGGUAGUGUUGAUCCAGGCAGUGGUACCGCCGUCUUCAUGGAACUCAUUCGCGUCUUUGGUGAGCUGCUCGUCUAUGGAUGGCGGCCAUUGCGGACCAUCGAAUUCGUCAGCUGGGACGGUGAGGAGUAUAACCUUAUCGGUUCCACUGAGCACGUGGAGAAGGAAGUGGACGAGCUCCGCGCCAACGCCUACGCCUAUCUCAACGUAGAUGUAGGCGUGUCAGGCCCCAACUUCCGAGUCGCAGGGUCGCCAGUCUUUGAGCACACGGUGACGUCGAUCUUGAAUCGUAUCUCUGAUCCAUUUGCCAAUAAGACACUGAAGGAUAUCUGGGAUGAAAAGAACCAAAAGAUCGAUCCUCUUGGCGCCGGUAGUGACUAUGUCGCUUUCCAGGAUAUUGCCGGCACUUCGAGCAUCGACUUUGGAUUCGAGGGGGAACCCUUCCCGUAUCACAGCUGCUAUGAAUCAUUUGAGUGGAUGUCAAAUUUUGGUGACCCUGGCUUCGAGUACCACAAGCUUCUCGCCCAGUUCUGGGGUCUUCUCUUGCUGGAUCUCUCGGAGAAUCCCAUGCUCCCCUUCGACAUGGAAGCAUAUGGACGAUAUGUGACCGGCUGGGUGAAGGAUUUGGAUGAAUUCGUUAAAUCUAAGAAAGCGGACGUCGAUACGAAGAGAAUGCAUGAGGCUGCAGCAACUCUAGAGGCCAAUGCCGCCCAGUUCCAGGAAUGGACUCGGGUAUGGCAUGAUAGUGUGUGGGGUUCUGGUGGCUAUGAAAGUAAUGUCAUGGCCAUUCAACGGGUGAACCACAAUAUGCAGAUGGCUAGCUUCGAUACCCAUUUAUUGGAUCUAGCCGAUGGCGGUGGUAUUCCCAAUCGCACUCAAUUCCGCCAUGUCGUCUUCGGACCCGAACUUUGGGCUGGAUACGAUGCCUCAAUCUUCCCCGCCAUUCGGGACAGUAUCAACACAGGCAAUUGGUCGCUCGCCCAGUAUUGGAUCAAUCGGGUUGCUGACACAGUUGACAUUGCUAGCGGCAAGCUCUUGUCCUAG